GCACGCGCGAGCGCGAGUGCAACACCAACCGCUGCGACGUUGACCGAACGAGGGGGCAGUGGAGUGGACACACGAUAAGCACGCGGAAGGAAAUCCGACUCGCAAGAUUUUGGGAGCACGAAUCCUGGAAAAAGAGCUCGGGCAUUAUCCAUUCAGCAAGAAGGCAGAGAAGAAGACAAGCCCGUGAAUCAGGAUUGGUGGCAGGAUUACAGUUUACUGGGACGUGGAUCAAGAAAGAUGUCGCUGUUCAUUCUAUCGCCACGAGCGGUUUAAGUACAGCAAUGCAUUUUGCUGCCGGUUGGCAAUGUAUGCAAUGAGCAGACUAGAGAUUGAACCUGAGUCGUGUGAGGAAGAGGAGAGCUUGCAUGAGGUUGGUAACAGCCAAGGACCAAAUGAGUUGCCGAUAUGUUUGGAUCAUGAGAUAGCGCAUUUGACAAAUCUGAAGUCGAGGCCCCACGAACAUUUGAUCCGAGAUUUCCAUGGGAGGCGGGCUCUGCCUGUGUCCCCUGUUAAGAUGCUGGCAGGUCGAGAGUCUAAUUAUUCAGGAAGGGGGAGGUUCUCUUCUGCUGAUUGCUGUCACAUGCUGAGCAGAUACGUGCCUGUUAGUGGUCCUGUGCCCGUGGAUCAGAUGACUAGUCCGGCUUAUGUUUCGCAGUUUUCAGCCGAUGGUUCUCUAUUUGUUGCUGGCUUUCAGGGUAGCCACAUUAGGAUUUAUAAUGUUGAUAAAGGAUGGAAAUUUCAGAAGAACAUUCUUGCCAAGAGUUUACGGUGGACAAUCACUGAUACAUCUCUUUCUCCUGACCAGCGUUACCUUGUGUAUGCCAGUAUGUCACCCAUAGUCCAUAUUGUUGUUGUCAGAUCGGCUGCUAUGGAUUCUCUUGCAAAAGUAACGGACAUCCAUGAGGGUUUGGAUUUUUCUGCUGAUAGUGGACCAUAUUCUUUUGGAAUCUUCUCUGUUAAAUUUUCUACCGAUGGACGAGAACUUGUUGCUGGAAGCAGUGAUGAUUCAAUAUAUGUCUAUGAUCUUGUGGCAAAUAAGCUUUCCCUCAGAAUUCCAGCACAUGAGUCUGAUGUGAACACAGUUUGCUUUGCCGAUGGAAGUGGUCAUAUGAUUUAUUCUGGGAGUGAUGAUACAUACUGCAAGGUGUGGGAUAGACGUUGCCUGAGUGCCAGAAAUAAACCUGCAGGAGUUCUAAUGGGACACCUUGAAGGCAUUACGUUCAUUGACAGCCGUGGUGAUGGUCGUUAUUUCAUAUCAAAUGGCAAAGAUCAGACGAUCAAACUUUGGGAUAUCGGGAAAAUGGGCUCUGAUAUCACUUGCCGUCCAGGUUUUAGAAAUCAUGAAUGGGACUACAGAUGGAUGGACUACCCACUCCAGAAUAGGCAUUUGAAACACCCAUUUGAUCGGUCAGUGGCAACAUAUAGAGGCCAUUCGGUGUUGCUCACUCUUAUUCGGUGCUACUUCUCCCCAGCACAUAGCACCGGUCAAAAGUAUAUCUACACUGGAUCCCAUGAUUCUCACGUUUAUAUCUACGAUGUGGUGACCGGAGCUCGAGUUGCAGCCCUCGAGCACCAUCGAUCGACGGUCCGAGACUGCAGUUGGCACCCGGACUACCCGACGAUUGUGAGCUCUUCUUGGGAUGGGGAUAUCGUGAAAUGGGAAUUCCCCGCGAACGGAGAAAUUGAGAUCCCGGUGACGAAGAAGAGGAUCCGGAGGUGGCAUUUCUAUUGAAAGGCCGCCCGCGGCUUUUCACUCGACGACGAUUAGCCGGGUAAAUGAAUCCUUCGUAUGGUCCCAAUAAUUUCCUUCUCAUGUACAGAUAAAGGUGUAUCAUUCAAGCUACAGACCCCAUGACCAUAUGUGAUUCAUGAAUUUCGCUGUACAUAAUCGACCUCUCGAGUAUAAUUGUGAU